CCUCGCUGAAAUCGAGCACCGAGCGAGGUGCUACUGCAUUCCGGUACAAGCGCUUCUCUUCAUCCGCCAGAUAUUAUGGUAUUAGGCAUUCUCACUGCGAUUGCUGCCUGUCCCGCAAUUAUAGGGACCACCGAAGCAGUCCGUCAGGGCCAAAAACAGAGCGCCAAGGAAAAGCAUAGGGGCUUGAAAACGAAACUCGUCGUGAACUGUUCGACUGCGUCGAGGGCCGGAAGAGAGGUGGAUGGGUGUGAAGUAGUACUAAGUGAUAACAAGGUGCGGCAUUCCUCCAAACUCUCAGCGAGCGGUCCACCCAUUCGGAAGCGUGAUGGGCGAUAAUGUCUUCGUAGUUGUAUCUCGCAAUGUCGUCGGUCGAAUAUCCAGACGGUCGCCCCGAGGACCACCCUUUCGCGGGUUAUUUCCUCCCAUAUCCAGAUCAAAACUGGGGUCGGAAGGGAGAAGGCUUUGUCUCUACGAUCUCAGACGAGCCCCCACAAUUGAACUGGAUAUACGUCGAUCGAGAUACUCACGAGGUCAAAUACGGGGAUCGCGCGGAAUCAGAGCCUCAUAUCAUAGGCCCUUGGGAUGUUACCAAGAUGGACAAGAGGGUCACUUUGGAGGGCUGGGAAGGGUUCAUGGCAGUCAGAUAUGGUCCUAGGGAAUGGGCGCUCUAUUUUGAUAGGGAUGACGAUGGAUUGAAAGGCAUAAUUGACCCGGAGAUGUGGACUAUGGAGAUUGAGUUGGUGAGGAGAGAGAGGAAACAGGAGAAGCCCGAUCCCGAUGAUGAAUAACUUGGCAGAUCGACAAGACGUCGGAAAUCGAUUGGCUGAAAAGAAACGCUAAGCCUCUUAUGGCUAGUCAUCAUCGUGUUAGCUGCGGGGUCAGGAACGCCCAAACUCAGACAGCCGUAUCCAGCAGCUUCUGCAGCACGGCUAAUGAGGGGCUUUUACCUGUGAUGCGGCAGAGUUGCUCUGCGACAGCUGUACAGGUUAUGUGAGUUGCGACCUAGGUAGCUCGCGCGCGGGAGGAGUUAGUAACUCCGAUAACUCCGGGCUGCUCCAGGGCUGCUCUGAGGCUCGAGGGCUUGUUUGGA